AUGCGUUUCGAUACCAAUGUGAGGUGGUUUGCGAUCGGUUUCGUGAUUCUCGGCACCGCUUCACAAGCCGUGACCGUCACGCCGACGGGAAAAGUGGAUUUUACCGAGGUGGACGAUCUGAAUGAUGACACCAACAGUGGGUUCGUGAGCGUGUACAAAAACUACCCCAAGAUCCUGGUGACGGUCGACACGCAGAAGCUGAAGCGUGUGCCACAACCGGAAACGAAAAGUGACGAAUCGAGCUCGGGAAGUUCAGGAAGCUCAGGUUCUGAGUCAGUUGAGCGCCCAUCGGUUGGCGUGCGGACGGACAUAACGAUCGAGAUCUCUGAGGAGUCAGCGAACGACACACGACCGGGUGAUCGUGAUGGUCGAAAGGAUCGCAAUGGACCCGGGAAUGUCCCCGGCACUGCUGCCGUUGGUGGUGACAAAAAGGAUCGUAAUGGCGCUGGUGCAGGAACCGAUGGGGAAGACGAUAACGCAAGCAUACCGGUGUUCAAAGGGAUGGCCGGAGUUUCCACGAAAAAACCGAAAACAACACCAUCACGAGGUCCUUUAGGUGGGCGACCGAUUGUGACGCUCAACCAGCGGCCAACAGUGACCGGAUUCUACGAGCCGCGAGGUGACGAUCGGAACCGCAUCAGUGGAGAGUACGACGGUUGGAACACGCAAUAUCCGCAUCCAGUAACGGCCGUUUGGACCACCGAGAGACCUUACCUGCGACGAGUAGAUUACGAUUUUGGAAGCCAACAUCGUUCGCCUCCCUACUACAAGGGCUACGUCCCAUACCACGGAAGCCACCACGGGCAGUCGGCUGAGCAUCACCACUCGGGUGACUGGAAACCGUGCUACUGCAGCAUCUAUCAACCCUGGGCCGUCCAUGCACCGACCAACCCCGUCCUGCCACCGGUAUCCCAGUCCCCCCAGUCCCAUCCGCCACCGAGAAACACGGUAGACAACAAAGUAGACGUCCCGGUCCUAUCGCAGCACUAUCGCUCGAUCCGCUCGUAG